AUGGCGGCACAGGGAGGCGACCAUGAUCUCAACUGUCUCACAAUCGAGGAGCUUGAGCGUCAUGCGCACGACUUGAUGGACAAGCAGACCCGAGAUUAUUACAACGAAGGUGCGGAUUCUGGGUCGACUUUACGAGAGAACACUACAGCAUACAACAAAUACCGCAUUCGUCCCCGAGUUCUUCGAGAUGUAUCUCAGAUCGAUACCAGCGUCAAUAUCUUCGGUCAUCGUAACUCGCUCCCGCUUGGUGUAGCGCCGACAGCCAUGCAGUGUAUGGCCCACUCGGAUGGAGAGACAGGUACAGCAAAGGCAUGCAAGAACUACAAACUUGUCAUGGGUCUAUCCUCAUUCUCAACGAAGAGUUUGGAAGAGGUGGCAGAGGCUAGCGCAGGAAACCCAAACGUUCUGCAACUGUACUUGUUUGAAGAGAAAGAGCACAGCAAGAAGCUCAUUCAGCGGGCAAAAGCGGCCGGCUUCAAGGCGGUCUUCCUGACCGUUGACACACCAAUUCUCGGACGCCGUAAUCUUGAGCUGAGAAAUCAAUUCAAGCUUCCACCUCAUUUGAAGGUGGCCAAUUUUGCAAUGGAAGAACGAAUGGAAGAGAAAGGUCGUCCGUCUCUGGAAAGACGGCCGUCGCAGGCUGGAUAUCAGGACAAGGAAGGCAAAUGGGUCUCUCCUGUGGGGCCUGUUACAUUCCAUAGCCAUGCCCCGAAUCCGACUCUGACUUGGGAGGACGAUAUCAAUUGGCUCAAGGAACAAUGCCAGCCAGAGAUGCAGGUAUGGGUCAAGGGUAUUGCGACGUCGGAGGAUGCCAUACUAGCACUUCAUCAUGGGGUUGACGGGAUAGUGGUUAGCAACCAUGGAGGUCGACAACUCAAUGGCGCCUUGGCAACCAUCGACGCACUUCCGGAAAUCGCCGAAGCUGUUAGAGGUAAGAUUCCCAUCCACGUUGAUGGUGGCAUAAGACACGGAACAGACGUGUUCAAGGCGCUUGCACUUGGCGCAGACUUUGUUUGGAUUGGUCGACCAGUGCUAUGGGGCCUGGCAUAUAAGGGCCAGAAGGGCGUUGAACUUGCUCUGAAGCUUUUUAGCGAUGAGAUAAAGCUGUGUAUGGCACUUGCUGGGACCACGAAAGUCGAUCAAAUUAGCAAGGAGUAUCUUGUCAAGAUGGAUGGCAGUGGCUUUGUUUCCAGACUCUAG